GCCGCCUCCGCCGUUAAUGUUUGUCGUCGCAGGGCUCUGUUCUAUUAUAGUUGGAAAAUAUAAAUUUUGCAGUUUUAUCAAAUAUUAUUAAAUUUAAUAACUUUUCGGGCUAUAAAUUAUAAACUUAAAAUUAACAAGACAGUUAAAUUCAUUAAGACAAUUAUCUAUCAGCAUUAAUGCUAAAUUUUCUUUAGAAAUUCUUAAAAGAAAAGUACAUAUUAAAAAUGAGAAAGUUUUGUGAACUUUUUAUUUUCAAAUGUUAAGCAAAUGAGCAAUGGUUACAAUUAAAAGCAAAUUCCUGCACUCAUAAAGGAAUCGAAAAUUAAUUCAAUAAUUAUUGAUUUACAUACCACGAAAACAAAAUUACUUUCACUUUUUCAAGUGGAAAAAAAUAUAGUGCAGCAGACAGACAGUUCAGCCAAAAAGAAAAAAACGGCACAAGAGUAAGGAAAAAAGAAAAACAGAGAAACAGACAAAAAUUACAACACUACUCCUCAUUUGGUCAUAUUAUAAAAUCGCAAAUAUAUGUACCUACCUAUAGGCUACUUGCAUAAAUAAUACAAAAAUAAUAAAUAUUCAACCUAGCUACGGUAGGAAAAGGUGUUGGAGGAAGUUGUUUUCAAAGAGUACCAUUAAUUAGUGUCAAUCCUAUAUAAACUUAUUAGUGUGGUCAGUUCGAGUGCUAAUUGCUUAAAAGACGCGUUAAACGCGCAGUAAUCAACAACGAUUUCAUAAUAUUAAAGAAAUUGCAAAUUGGAAAAAUGGCAAAUCCAUCACCGCUUAUGAGCUUUGCAGCAGUGGUUAAGUCUGAGACUGAAGUUGGUGGAAAAUACUCCAGUAAUCGUUGCCCUGUACCCUCUAUACAGUUGAAAAUUGCUAAACUCAGUUAUGAUUUGCACGAGGAAAUUCGAAAAUGUUUAGAAAAUUCCACAAUAUCAAAAAGACUUAGAGAGGAACUUGAAAGUUAUAGCCGUGAAACAAGACGAGAAAUUGUCCGUCGCAUGCGUGGCGGUUCUCCACCUCUAUUCAUAGCAUGCAGUAGAGGUUGCGUGCCUAUAGCCGAAUAUUUGGUAACAAUUUGCGAAGCUGAUAUAGAACAAAAAGGAUUGUAUGAAGCACCAGAAGAUCGUUCAUAUCAUUUGGUAACACCGCUAUGGUGUGCAGCGGUUUCAAAUAAUUUACCUAUGGUCAAGUAUCUAUUACGUGUUGGCAGUGACAUAAAUGCCACCUCAGAUACGGGAUCAACGCCUGUUCGAAGUGCAUGCUACAUGACACACAUUGAAAUGGUAAAAUUUCUUGCUGAAAACGGUGCUGACAUUAAGAAGCCCAACAUGAAUGGUGGUACUUGUUUAAUAAAUUCAGUACAAUCGCCAGAACUAUGUUUAUUUCUAAUACGUAAAGGAUGCGAUAUUAAUGCUGUUGAUACACAAGGUAAAACCGCGUUACAUUACGCCAUACAAGAGCACAGACUGGAAACUACCAAAUUGUUAUUGGAACAUGGCGCCAAUCCUUAUGCUAUUAGUCGUCAUGGUGAUGAUGCUUUACGUACCGCUUGCCUGAAGGGUGCACAUCAGAUUUUCGAUUACUUACGAAAUAAUUUAGAAUAUUCUAUUGAAAGAUUGGCUGAAGCUCAUGAACUAAUAGGUUCAACAUUUUUGGAUGAACACAAUGAAAGUCGAGUAGCAGUUUUACAUUGGCGUUUGGCACAUCAUUUAAGAGCGUCUCAAAAUCCUUAUAUUGAAAAACUUCCUAAAGUUCCUUUACGUGAAGCCUAUCGCUUUCAACAUGAAUUUACCACAUUAGAAGCACUCGACGAAAUGGCCACAGAUAUGGAUGCGAUGCGCAUACAAAGUCUAUUAAUAUGUGAACGUAUUCUUGGUAUCACCCAUAAGGACACUCUUUUUCGUCUAACAUUUCGUGGUGCUUCAUAUGCCGAUUCCCUACAGUUGCAACGUUGCAUACAGCUCUGGACACUCUUACUCGAAAUACGCGUUCAACAUAAUACACUGCUCUUUUUUGAUACAAGUUUUGCAGCACAGGCUCUUGUUCGCCUAAUGUUAGAGUUGCAUGAACGUAAUACAGAUCUAAAUCAGAGUAAUUUUGGCAAUGAAACUUUACCGCAUUUUAAAGAUGUUUUAACGGUUUUUGAGCUACUCACCAAGACAGUAGCCGAGUGUCAUGCUCUCUUACAAAUACGUCCCAUAUCUAGAAGGCAACAAGAGAAUUUCGACAGUAUUUUUAAAUGUAUAGCUCAUACCAUAUAUUUACUUAUUGCAACAGCUUGGAGACCGGAAGAAACUCGUAUUGUUUAUAAGUCGGUGCGUAAUUUGAUUCAGGCGAAUAUUACCAGUGCCUGUACAAACGACUCACUAUUACAUGUAUGUGUUUCUCGUUUGAAUGUGAUUAAGAGUGGUUUAUUGAAUGAUGAGAAUUUAAAUGUAAGAGAGACGAAUAAAGGAAGGCUAAAAGGAUAUACAUAUUUAUGUUUUAAUUUUUUUCUUUUGAAGGUUAUAUUUCCAAAUGCUGAUGUCAUUAAAUUGUUACUGGAAUGUGGUAUAAAUGUGAAUGCUAAAAAUGAAGUGAAAUCAACUCCUCUGCAUAUAGCUGCUCAACCUUAUAAUUUCAGUAAUGAGAUCAUAAAAAUUCUACUCGAUCAUGGUGCCGAUUUAGAUCAACCCAACAAAUCGGAUGAACGCCCAUAUAAUUUAAUUUCACUUAAUUCAGCAAAUACAAUACCUCUCAUGAAUUAUAUUAACCUUAAAUGUUUAGCUGCCACAAUUAUCAGUAAGUAUCGCAUACCUUAUCGCAAUCAAAUACCAAAAUGUUUAGAAAACUUUGUCAAAGAUCACGAACCUUGAGCUUUAAAAAGCUUUGAAUUUAAAUACUGUGAAAAAUAAUGUUAAAAAACAAAUAACAAUAAUCUUUUCAUUAUUGAAACAUUAUGUGAAAUAUGUAAUAAAAAAGUGAUAUUAAUUCGAAUAAUUGUAUAAACUAAAAAAUAUUAAAUUAUUUACUUAAUUAAAAUAUUAUAUAAAAAACUCAAUUUUAAAAAUAUAUAUUUGUAAAAAACCUAACGUUGUUACUAGUUACAUUUUAGAGCUUAAAAAGUUAUUUAUAAAAAGUUCAUUAAUAAAAAGAACUUGGUUCAUAUAUCUUAUAAUCACCAUGUUAUUAUCACAUAAAUACAUACUUACACACAUAUAUUUGUACCACAUACAUACUGAUAUACAUACAUAAAUCUACUACUUAAUUAAUGAAAAAUGCCAAUAUUUAUUAUUAUGAAAAUCAAUAUAUAUUUAUUAAAGGAUUCAAUACUACAAUAUAUUUAUUAUAAAUUAUUCUUGGAACUCUUCUACAUGGAAAUUAAAAACAUGAUUUAAUAUA